AUGCCGAACCAAACGUCAUCCCAGAUUGCCGAGUCGUACCUCCUCUCGGCCCAGCUCACCACCUUCAGCAAGCUCCUCCCGUACGCGAAGUUUGCCAAGCUCUUUCCCAGGGCCACAAAUCCCAAGACGAUUGACCUGAUGUACAAGCAGCUAGCUCGGCUGAAGGAGGAACAAUUUGAGAGGGUAAGGGCUCUGCUAUCGCGGGACUUUGCGCCGCUGGUAUCGGUCCAGGGUUAUGUGGACGAAAACCCGUUCACAGAUAGGACCACUAUCGAGUCUGUCAACGCAAAGUUAGAGCAGCUUUGCAAGCAGCUGGAAUACGAGAUUUCCAGCGUAGAGGCUUUCAACGCAAAGUUGCUAGAAGCCAUGAAUAUGAGUGUGGAUGAGUUGAACGACUUGCGCUACGGAAAGUAUACCAGCCAGGAGUUGGUGCAAAGCACGAAUGAAUCGUUGGAUCGAUUGGAGGAAAUUUUGGCCGAGAAACUACCAUAG